AUGGUCUCAUGUCGCCUCGUCGAUCUUCCAGAAGAUGAUGUUACAGAUGCAGUGCCUCCCAUACCGGAUAUGAUGUUUGCCGCCGGUGAAGAACCGGUUGGAGUUAGGGUUCUUACAUAUCAAUCCUCCAGGGCAAUUAAUCACAUUCUUAAUUCCCUCGAAGAAGACGAGAUUCAGACACUACGCAAGUCUCCCUUUGGCAAGAUUGUUGACAUCGCCGAGAAACCCGGCUUUUCUGGAAGAUUUACUAGGUACAUCUUAUCUAGACAAUUAAAAGUGGAGAAAAAACACGAAGCCUGGUUCCGGUUUGCUGGUAAACCGAUUAGGUUUUCUCUUCGAGAGUUCGCCAUUGUAACCGGUCUCAACUGCGGUGAAUAUCCUAAAAGCUCUGUCGUAAGGUCGAAGAAGAACAAAAACGUCAAACCCUAUUGGCCAGAGUUAUUUGGCAAAUCGGAGGAUCUUCGCGUUUCAACAGCCUUGAAAAUGCUUAGAAGAAAAACGGUUACCGAGAAAGAAGUACGGAUUAAGCUUGCAUGUCUUGCAAUUGUGUCUUCUGUUCUACUCGCUACGAAUCUGAAGAUGAAGAUGAUUAAAGAACAUGCAGAGGCCAUGGUAGAUCUUGAGGAGUUCUAUUCGUUUCCCUGGGGGCGACUUGCGUUUGAAAUGCUUAUUGGGAGUAUUAAGCAGAGGGAUGAGGUAUCCCUAUCGCAGAAUACUAUAGCAGUUAAAGGAUUUGCAUUGGCACUCCAGCUGGUUAUGAUAGAGGCUGUACCGGAUCUAACCGCAGUUGUUUUGGAAACCUGCUCAUCUUCUGAAUCCGAUAGCUGUGAUGACGAUGAUGAUUUCACCCACAAGAAGACCAAAAAGAAGACAUUAAGCCCUGGUCAUGCACGUGAAAUAGACAAAAAGACUAAUGUUAUAGUGAGAAGCAUAAUCCCAGAAGACCCGGAUCGGCCCUUAAUUCCGGCCAAUCUUGUUUGGGCUGACGAGGUCUUAGACGUCAAAGUUGAGAAUCUUCUGAAACUAAUAGCGCAGAGUCACCCCUUUACUGCUGAGAUGUUCAAAGGUGGUGCUACUAAACUGGAUGUUGAAAGAAUGCGUGAGCUAGGGAGAGCUGGGGGAAAGCAGAAGAGGAAAACGAAAACUCAGACUAACACAGAGACAGUCGAGGAUAAGCGUAUUGCAGCCAUUGUUCUGUCUAUGCUCAAACCUGAGGUUGAAAGAGUUGAAGCGAAUGUGGCCAAAGCUGUUUCUAUGGCUGAAGAUACUGCGACAAAAUUUGCCUCCUUUGACACCACUGUCAUGGUUUCAAUUCAAAAUCUGCUUAACAACUUCAAAGACGAAGUCAUCCGCUCUGUAAUGCAGAUACACAACAGUGCUAAUGCCCCAACACAACCGACACAGCCCGACGUUGACACUACUAACCAUGUGCAACGUAAGGUAGAUAUCGUCCACCCCCACCCUGACCCAAACGAUGACAUUAUUGCUCAAGUUAUUGGGAGUCUCAGUCAAUACUCCACGCCCCCACGGAAUGCAUCAGUUUGUCCAGGCUCAGAUGGGAGGACUUGUCCUGCUGCUUCACGGUUGCCUUUCGUUUUGCAAACGCAAAAUUCUCCCGGCCAAGACACCACUUUAUCCGCCAAUAGUCACACAAAGGAAGCAACCAAAGAAUCGGAGGUUGUUCGUAAUUUGGAUGCCCAUCCUUCUCAAGCUUCCGUUUUAUCUCAUGGCCAAACCGGAGAGAUUUUUCACGAGACUUCCCUGCAGCCUGUUGGGUGUCAGACAGAUGGGCAAUAUCUCGAUCGGCCCACUGUAUCAGUCACUGGUCAGACCAAUAAUGCUUCCAAAACUGCGGAUGGAGGGCUGAGUUUCGGCAUCCGCAAUAUUCAGGAACCAUCUUUCUCUCUUGGGCUGACGCAACCAGAGAACCCACCUCUGUCUGGGCCGGCAUGCGAUCUAAUAUUUGACACUGUCGCUGACCAUGGCGAUGAACAUGUUGAUGAACACACCAAUGACGGUCCAUCCCCUAACCCAUUCGCUCCUCUCUUAUGCCGGAAAAGCAAGCGCCCUAAGAUUGUUCCAGCUGGUCUUGUGAAAGACUACCACUGUGGAGCUGAUAUACUAAGCCGUGCUCGUGCUGCCCAACCCCCUUUUUGUGAUUACUCCGACCCUGCUGUGGUUAUGUCCAAAUUCUCUAAUCUCGCGGACAAGAUAAGCACCCCAUUUGUUAUCAAUAUUGCCGGCCUGGCGGUCACUUCGAAGGACAUCACAGGAAUUGUUGAGCUCACCCGUUCAUUGCCAGCUAGGGUUGUUGACAUAUUGGUGCGCUUUGUUCGCGCCACAUGCAACAUGCAGCAACAUUCGAGCCUUGGGCGGAUUCCAGAGUUUCUUGACAGCAGAUAUGUUGCAUUGUUGUUCAAGCAUUUUCCAAAGUUCAGCCGUUCGAAAACUCCUGAUGCAUAUCCUUUCCCGAAAGGACUUUUUGAGCUUCUUCGAAAGGACAACCCAACGGGAGCAGCAGUGACCCAUUACUACUUUCCAUUUGAUUUAGGCAAUAAACAGUGGGUAGGUGUAUGUUUUGACUGCACCGCAUGGAAGCUAACUGUCCUUGAUUGCAAUAUAUCGAUCCGCUCCGACUCUGAAAUAGCUACACAGCUGCGCCCUUUUGCGGAGAUGAUCCCCUCUCUUCUGAAGCGUACCGGGCGGAUUUCGAACACUACUGCUUAUCAUGGGGUGGUGAUAGAAAGACCCAAAGUCGUUGCUCAAAACACCAACCCAUCACACUCUGCCCUAACCUCAAUCUUGCUCAUGCAGACCCAUGCAAUAUUUGGCCUUGAAUCGUGCAGGUGUAUCACUCCUACUCUUCUCACGGAAGAAGCUCACCGUGUUGCUGUGAUGUUGUAUGAACUACACGAGAAGCUGUAG